GAAGAAAAAAUUUGGGUGCAACCAAAGGAUAGAGAGAGAAAAGAAAGUGAACUCCAGUUGGAAAUGUUGAUUAUGAGAAUUGUUUAAUUAUCUUUAUUUGGUUUAAUUCUAAUUGAAACAAUUAACAUGGAUCAAGAUGGAAAAUGUGAAUUAACAAGUGAAUUACUGUUCUUUGAUACCUUUACCCAUGAAAACAUUCAGGAAUCUAAUUUGGAUUUAGUUCAGUUUGCAAGCCCAAUAAUUAUCGAUGAAAUCCGAAUCAUACCCCUUGGAGCUCGAGUAGUAGCUGAUUUUACCGGCGGAGACAGACUUGGAGCAACAAAUCCCUCAUCAUUUGAUGUUACUUUCUACAUAAAUGAUUUCACAAAACCCACUGUUUGCACUUUCUCAGACUUUGGACGAUUUGAAUAUAAGCAAAAUAUCAACAUUCAAUUUAUUCCAGAAGAGCGUAAGCCAACCGAUGGUCUACUCAUUAAAGGUUCAUAUCAAGUCAUAACUCUUGCCAUUUAUGGGGCUCAAACCAAUAUCAAAGAUUUAAUUAUCAAAGAGGAAAAUCUUGAGGCUACACCAGUUUCGGAUAAUUGCUCUACAUCCCAAGUACCAGUUACUAUUGAUGAUGAUCACCAUGACCAUCCUUUAGAAAGUGAAUUUGCAUUUGCUGAGAAAAAUUAUUCUCAUAGAGAUUCACCUCACCCAGAGAAAGAGUUUAAUCCAGUUUUAGAAAGAUUAAAUCAAACUGCCAAUCUAAAUCAACAUGAGAAAAUAAUUAAAACAGCAAGUGGCUCGAAAACAGUUGUAAUCAACAAUAAUGAUGACGAAGAUAAUGAUUCAUAUUAUAGUGAAAGAACUAAAGAAUCUGGUGUGAGAGAACCUGAAAUAGGUUCUACCAGUGUAAACAAUAGAGAUGAAAAUGUUGAUCCAAGGAAACGUCCAUGUUCAAGACAUUUUACCGUUAAUUCACCACAUUCUCUAUCACCAGUUCGUAGUCCACAAAGUCUCAAAAGUCCGAUGAGCCCACAAAGUGAUUCAAGUAUGAAAUUUGAUAGUAACAUAUCACAUGCUCGUUCACCCCUAAUGGAUCAUCAUCACCACCAUCAUCAUAAAAAGUCAUCAAAUACAUCUUCAAGGAGUCCUUACUCUCGUCAUCUACCACCACCUCCUUUACCGCCAUCAACAGCAACAACAACAACAACAUCAACAUCAACAUCAGCAACUCAUUCUAAUCACUCUCCUCGAUCUCCUCGUUACAUUCAAUCAAGAUCAACUUCGCCUUGGUACAAAAAUCAACAUAAUCCUUCCCAUCCGUCUUCACCAUCAUCUCCUCUUUCACCCUAUCAUUAUCGUAAAAAUCAUUCUCCCAGGAAAAUUGCAUCUCCAGCGAAAACUCCCCCGGAAGAAUCUUCCUCAUCAUCUUCUUCAUUUAACAAGAAACGUCUUAGACGUGCCCGAACUCCUCCAACUCGCUCACCAUCUCCCUCAGCAAAUAAAAGAAUAGAAAUAGAAAACAAUUCUAGUAAUCAUUCUAUUCCUAUUCUACCAGUUAAUACUGAUCUUUUAGAAGAAAUUUCUCCUGAACAUUCACUUUCAGAUUGGGCUGAAAGUAUUUCUGAAGACGAAAAUUUGGAUGAUAUUGAAUCAGGUGACGGUGAACCAGAAGAUAAUCUUCCAUCAAGUAAUAUCAACAAUCUACCAGAAAACAUUGUUACUGAUCCAACAUCAAACACAACGACAACAACAACCACAAUUGUCAACAAUUCUUGUAAUAUCAACUAUUAUAUUCAUUCACCUGCAAAUCAUCAGCAACCCAGUGAAAGCCAGGAACCCGAGCCUUUUGAAUCAAUUUCAUCGGAAGAGGAAUAUUUUGAAGAAGGAGGAAACAUGGCCGAAAGUGACCGUUUAUCUCACUAUUCUGAUUAUGACAUUUGUGAUGAAACCUUCAAUCCAACCUUUGACCCCUACAAUUGUGAAUUCACCUCUCUUCAAGCUCUUCGUGACCCAUCACAAACCAAUUAUCAACAUCUCAGAAAUUCCCAAGUGAAUCUUAAUGAAGAAAAUAAAACUAAAAGGACGUUACUUUUAUCACAAUUAUCUGAGAUGAAGACAACAAGAACCUCCAUUUGGGUUGAAUCAAUGGAAACCAUUGCCAAAGAUAUCGAACUUGUUCCCUUGGAAAAAUCUGAUAUUCUUACCAUCAUUUUAAAUUGGUUAAAAGAUGGACUUGAUUAUGAUCUUGCAAUUAAGCAAACAACAAUUCCGUUUAAAGUGAGACAUUUAAAAGCAGGAAUUAAACUCUCCAUUGCCUUGAUCAAUACAGAUGAAUCAAUAGUCAAAAAGUUAAUCGAGCUCAAGAUUCCUUUGUCAUUGUUCAACCUCUACUAUAAACCUCAUAUGUCUCUUCCCUUAAAGUUAUUGAUACUUCGGGCAUUUGACGCUUUCUGUGACUCUGUGAUUGGAAUUGAACAUAUUCUCGUUGAUGGAUACAUUUUCACUGACACCAUCACCACCAGCGACACCUCAGAUGAUAAUCAAUUGAAAGAAAAUCCAUCAACGGUUUAUCAACAUUUACUCCUUCUCUUGACCAGUAAACCACCAUCUCGAGUUGCAAUAGCUUUAGAAGCUUUAUUAAGUAAAAUUCAUUUCUACCAUUUACUGCAAUCUUUUCAAACGAUUGUGUCGAAACCUUGUCAUGACGUACUCGCCAUAUUGACACACAUUCGUAAAAUUGGUUCCAUUUUUGCCUCAGCGCGUAAAUUGUUGACACAGAAAGUACGCUGUUUACCUGUGACUUGUUUCUUUGAGAUCAAAGAGUCUAAAUGUGAUUGUUACCCAUCCAUUUAUAACUGGUUUAAACUUUAUCACUUUAUUGACAAUUUGGUGGAUCUAUUGAAAAAUUCCCACUCUGAUCUGAUAACCUCUGAGAUCCAUCAGCUGAUUGAUAUACUAAUGACGGAGGAAAGUUUCCCGCGUUUCCUUUUAUCAUCACCAUGUUAUUUAAAGACCAAUGAAUUAAUUUCACUGCUAACAAACCAUGCAAACCAUGACAUGUUCAACAAUCAGAAUAAUUGUAUUGGAGAAAGACUUGCCUAUUUACUACAGUCUUAUUCCCUAAUUGAUUUACUGAUUGCCCGUGUUCAAAGUGGCUCAUUUAACCUUGUCAAAUGUGACGAAGAUAUUGAACUAUGUUCAAUAUUUCGUAGUUUCCAUAGUCUACUUUUCUCACCGAUUGGCCGAGAGUGUGUUGUCCAAACUCUUUCUUCAUCUAAUAAUUUCCAAUCAGCUUUACUUCCCUUCCUGAUACCAAUUAUUGGUGAUAAUAAAUUGUACAAAUCAAUUUGGUCCGAAUAUGCAGUUAAAUUAUGUAUUUCAAUGGUGCAAUUUGGCGAAGACAAUAUUUUCCAUGUCAUUAGAAACUAUGGGAAUAGUUUACUUGCCAUUUCUAAAAACAAUCAAUUACCUAAACUUUCAUCUUUAUCCGAUUGGCUUAAACCAAUUAACUGUAUCCAAAAUUUAAGCUACUCCGAGUCAACCUUUAAAGAGCUGAUGACGCAAGUUAAAAAUUACGCCGAUGGUGCAGUUAAAUUAAAAGAGAGCGAAAUUUUCAAACUUCAACCACAACUAAUAACCAUCAUCCGAAUCUUAUAUAAACUUUGCCUACCACCACAAAAAUAUUAUCAUCAAAAUGUUCAAGAAUUAGAAAACAAACCAGUCAAUGAGUUAAAAUACUAUUACGCUACAAUACAAGUUUACAGUUACGAUGGACUUUCAUCUUUAUUAACAUUACUACAGAAAUUAGCUCAAACUUAUCUACGUCCAUCUCACCAAAGUUUUGCCCUUGUCGGUGAUCAGGGUUCCCUUGUAAUGGCAUUUGUCAAACUUGCCGUUAAACUGGUCAAGGAAAUACUUAGAGUACUAAUCCAUGCCCGUGGUAAAGAUUUUAGAGACACCUCACCGAUACCCGUUAUGUUGAAAGUAUACUCACUGAUGUACCUAUUUCCCCGAUGUUCAUUUGCCUACUCAACCUCUAGAGAAACAAUAAGAGAUAUUGUUGACAUUCUCAUGUUUUACACCCAAUUAUCUUUAACACUCUCUGAAUCUGAUCCUGAAACAAUGGCUAAAGGUAUUUGGACCAAGAUGAUUAGCGAAGUAUUAAAAUAUACCUUCUCCCUGCCGAUGACCUUUGUCCAUGGAUUAAGUCUUCUCUCUGAAUUACUACCUCUUCCAUUGCCUUUUCAAACAUUAUCUCCUUUGACCGAGGAAGAAGUUAACAAAAUGAUUAACAUACGUAAACUUUGGUCAGCACAUUUACUUGGACUUUCCGCUGAUUUGGAAAAACUUAUCUCUACCUUUGUCAUCUCAUCAUCACCAACCAUUCAACAACUUCUUCGACGUGUUUGCAUUCAAAUAUCUGAUCUCUCUUCACCGGCUUCCACCAUGAUGGUUCGCUCAGUUUUGGAAGUUGUUCUUGACUCUCUUCCCAAUGAAAAGAAUCCUAAACUGUCCACUCCCUUACUUUAUGUUCUCAAUUUACUUUCUUACCUUUCCACUCAUCCACCAUUUAAAAUGGCUUUUAUCCAUACAAUGCACAUUGGUGGUAAAUUAGAUGAAAAAUAUUUCACUUUUGUCAACAAAUUGUUACGUUUACUUAGAGAAGAGGGAACAUCAAAACCCAUUGAGGUUCAAAUUAACCAUCUAAUAUUUACCUUCCUUCAAUCCCUCUGUGACUCAGAUAUUUAUCUCAAUUCAAGGAUAUCAUCUACACCGAGCCCUCAAAUUCUUUCAAACUCGUUGCCUCCAAAAGAAUCAUUGAAAUUAAUCAUCUCAAUGUUACUUAAAUUCCUCAAGAAUUCAAUUAAGACAUUCACAAAAUCUUCAACAAUCAUAACAUCAACAUUAACUAAUGGACCACCUUCACCUAAUUUCAACUCAAUCUUACCGGUACUCAAGAUAUUAUCGUUACUAUGUUGCCAUGAUUUUGGCUUCAUCCCGAUUAAACAAGGCAUCUUUGAGGAAGCUCCGUUAAUCAUAAGUUUAAUUAUUUUGCAAAUUAGUAACUCAAUCAGAUCUGAAACCAGCAAAGAUCAUCAUGAGGAUAACAAUGAACUUGUCUUACUAAUUUGUGGAUUUGUUGAUUUCCUAAAAGCUUUUAUGUUACCAAAUGAAUAUCGUUCUGCCAAAUUGAGUUACAAAGAAAUAGUUACAUUACUUUCAUGGGAAUCUAGAAUGAAUGAACCUCCAAUUGACUGUAAGAAAUCAUUACAACAACCAUCAACAUCAUCAUCAUCAUCUUUAUUAUCCUCUUCAAUUAUGGUUAAAGAUGAAGAUGAUCAAAAAUAUCCAGAGAAACGGUUAAAAAUUGAGACAGAUGAAACAAUGGAAACAAAUGUUGAGGAUAAUAAUAAUAAUAAUAAUAAAGAAGCAGGAGAUGUAGAAAAUGUUGAUAUUACCAUGGCUCAAAUAAGUGAAAAAUUAUGUGAAAAGGAGACAAUUAAUGAGACAACAAUUAAUGAAUCAACAAAUGGAGCAACAAGAGUUGAAACAAAUAACAAUCUACAUCCUUUACUCAUUCUAAAUGAGUAUCUUGAAAAUUUGGAUACAGUUAAUGAAAACGAGAUUUGUGGUAUGCGUAAAAUUGUCAAAAGCCUGUUAAAUGUUUUGUCUUCAUUUAAAGAUGAGUCGGCUGGAGAUGUCACAGUGAACAUUGAAUUACCAGUUAUCGAACCAUUGCCAUUACAAUUUUCGAAGCGAGAAGUUUUCAUUGUAACAUCUAACAUAGACCAAGAAAAGUUAAACAUUAACUUUUGGCUUUCAGUGCCAACUUUUGAUGAUGAUCAACAUCUUAAUAACCACCGUCAUCAUAAUCAUAAUCAUCACUAUUCUCAGAUUGGUAAUCAUGGUCAAACUGUUAACUUGGAAACUCAUUCAACAACAACACAUCGUCCAUGUGAUACUCAACUUGGUGGCAGGGAGAUGAACACUCUUGAUAAUGAUAAACGAAUCAGUUUUAUUGAAUUGUGUCAAAAAUAUUUACCCAGUGACUUUAAUUUUAAGAAAACACUGGAAAACUUGUGUCAAACACAAGAGGAGACUGUUGAUGUUGCCAAAUCAACAAAUAAACCAUUAAUUUCACUUAACUCACCUCAUCAUCACCACCAUCAUCAUCAUCAUUCAAUUAGGAGGAUGGGAUCAAUGUUACCAAAUCGUGAAUCAAAAUCAUUUACAAAUGUUAAAAAAUCUUUUGUCGCUCCAAUGAGAAAUCGAGGAUUUGGUCGUCCAGGAUCAAUGAUGCAUUCGUCUCGAGCAAAUGACCCUUUCAGAUCACGUCCACCCAAUACAAGUCGUCCACCCUCAAUGCAUGUUGAUGAUUUUGUUGCUCUUGAACAAUCAGGAACCAAUUGUAACUCGUAUGAAGUACCAAGUAAACGAAUGAAACUUGAUUAUACUUUGAAAAUUCGUAACAAUUCAUCAAGUACCACUGGUGGAAAUGGCUCUGGGGGUAAUAAUAAUAUGAUUUCCAAUUCUGGGAAUAGUAACUUGUUACAUAGUUCAUCUUCUCGAUCUUUUGGUGGAUCAGCGACAGUUGGUUCAAGAUCUUCACCUUCAUAUCAUACUAUUGAUUCUUACUCAAGUCGACGAACACUUAAUUCAAGCUCUCAUUCUCAUUCACAUUCACAUUCUCACUCCCAUCAGUCACCUAUUCGUAACAAUCUACCCUCAACUUCAUCUCGUAAUUCAUUGACACGCUACUCAAGGGACAGUUAUUCACCACCAGCGCCCAGGUCAACACGCUCAGACUCAAUAGGACCAUCGUCAUCUUCACUACAUUGGACCAAAAGCAGUUUAACCAAUCGUCGUGAUUCAAGAGACUCUAGAGAUUCAAGAUCUGUCCGUUCAUCUAAUAAUCGUUAAAAAAACAAAAAAAAAACAAACUAAUUAACCUUAGAUAAUGUAAAUUGUAUGAUAAGAAUGCAAAUGUCCAACAGAAUCAAAUUGUUCCUUAUCAUUUUGAAUAUUUGAAAUGUAGACACAUCACAUUAUUGUUGUGUAAAAGCUCAUCCAAUUUAAUGACUUAAUUUGUAACAAUCAUAAUCAUUGACAAUUAACUCUCAUUUUCUUUCUGAACAGAGACAGACAAAAUCAACACGCACUCAUAGCCACAUAUAAAUACAUAAAUCGUGAUGAAUAUACAUAAAUAUAUACAAAUAUAUACAAAUAUUUAUAAAUA